ACACAACUGAAACUUGUUCAGUAGCGAAUUCUUGAGACGAGCGUCAAGGCGAGUCUCUAUGGGUUGUGGCAGCAGCAGCGAGGCGGGGUCAACGUCAGCGUCAUCAACGAUCCCAGCAGCUUCACAGUCCAAGCGCUCGAGCUUCCGCCCCAUCCCUGAUCGCUACGAGACACUCGGUUCGUCCAAGUCCCACUUCUAUUCCAUUCCUCAUCUUCUAUAAGUACUUUGCCUCCUAACUACAAUUUAUAGCUGAAGUACAGCAAGACCUGCGUGCGGCGGGCUUGGAGUCGUCGGAUCUCGUCGUUGGAGUAAGUUGCAACACCUUCGACAUUUAGCAAUGAAAUGCUAACGUUGCUAUGUUGCAGGUCGAUUUUACCAAGUCCAAUCAGUGGACUGGAGAGAAAAGCUUUGGUGGCAGAUGUUUGCACGAGAUCGACCCGUCUGGCGUCUUCAUGAACCCGUACCAGAGCGUGAUCUCGGUGAUCGGGCGUGUGCUCGAAGCUUUCGACGACGACAACAUCAUUCCUGCCUUCGGGUUUGGUGAUUUAGCGACAAAAGGGAACAGUUGCUUCCCAUUCACACAAGGGCGUGGUUGUCAUGGGUUCGAGGAGGUUCUAAGACGCUACAAUGAGAUCACACCGACGUUGAAGCUGUCGGGACCAACCAACUUCGCUCCUGUGAUCAAAGAAACCAUUCGAGCGGUCCAGAAGAGCGGAGGCUAUCACAUCCUAGUGAUCAUUGCUGAUGGACAAGUGACGAACGAGGAAGACACGCGAAAUGCGAUCGUGGAGGCGUCGAACUGGCCGAUUUCAAUUAUCAUGGUCGGAGUUGGUGACGGACCAUGGGAUAUGAUGGAAGAGUUCGACGACAAGCUGCCUACCAGACGUUUUGACAAUUUCCAGUUCGUUGAAUACAAUGCUGUGAUGCAAGUGAACAAGAAGAACCCCGAGGCAGGUUUUGCCAUCAUGGCAAUGAUGGAAAUUCCCGAGCAGUACAAGUUGAUUCGAGAGCUUGGGAUGAUCCAGUAGCAGCAGCACCAUUGAUUUAAUAAACGGCAAUACAUUUUUUUUUUCACCGAUAA